AUGGCACCGGUCGGCUACCUCCUUGUGCUUUGUUUGCCCAUGGUGCACGCAGCUUCGCCCUGGCGCGCGCUCUCGUUCAACAGCAGCUACCUCCUCGUCCGAGCGUCCUCGUCCUCGGGGCUUCCGGAAUGCCUCGCGAACGACGGCUGCGUCACAGCGAGUCGGAUCGCCGAUCUCUUGCCACUGGUCGUCGAUGGUAGCACCAACGCGACGACAACCGCAGCAGCAGCGUGCACCGGUGUCGAUGAACCGUUCGACUGGUGUCGACGCGCAGCGGCUGCGCUUUACAACUGCCACGACAGUCGCACGGUCUGGACAUGCGCCGAGGAAAAUGCAUCGUGGUCGCUCAGUCACGCGGCGUGCGGCAGCCGCGUCGUCCACGAAGCGUCGUUCGGAUCGAUCGCGGACUGCGACGCGGCGCUGAGUGUGCUCUUCUUGCCCUCGACGGCCGCCGACGGAGCAUGUGACAUGGGCGCCAUCACGGCUCGUGGCGCCUCGUGCUUGCUUUUGAAUGGCACCGCGGGGCCCACGAAGCCGACUCGUCACGACGACGACGAUGCAUCCCCGGCAGACCGACUCUUGCUGGUCGCCGGCGUGGUGGCGCUGGCCGUCUUUGCGGGCGCCGUCGGCUGUGUGUGGCGGUCACGAAAGGUGGCACGAACCCAGCGCCGCCAGCGACACUUGGCCGACACGGUCUGCUCGAGCUGCGAGAUCGAUGACAAUAAUGUGUCGAGCGUCUUCGUCCGUCAGUUGUAG